AUGACGACAAUAACAUCACCAAGAGGGGUGAGAUGGUUCACAGCUCUUCUCGUCGCCACAGGCUGUUUGCUGCCGGCAGCAAAUGCCCAAGGCUACGCAGUCGAUACCCCAGAUAACAUCCGCGCCUCUGCCAAAACCUUAGCAUACGACACUAUGCUGUUCUACAAGGGCAACCAGUCGGGCGAAAUCCCAGGUAUUCUGCCCGGGCCGCCCUCCGACGGCAAGGGCGACUAUUACUGGUGGGAAGGCGGCGCCCUGAUGGGCACCGUGGUCGACUACUGGCACUUGACCGGCGACACCACCUACAACGAUGUUGUCAUCCAGGGCAUUCUUCACCAGGUCGGCGACAGGCGCGACUUCCAGCCCUUGAACUACACGGCCUCGCUCGGAAACGACGACCAAGGGUUCUGGGGCAUGACCGCCAUGCUCGCCGCCGAGAACAAGUUUCCCAAUCCGCCCGAUGACCAACCGCAGUGGCUUGCCCUUGCUCAGGCCGUUUGGGCCACCCAAGCCGCGCCUGAACGCCACGACGACACUUGCAACGGUGGUCUACGGUGGCAGAUCCCUCUCGCCAACAACGGUUACGACUACAAGAAUACCAUUGCCAACGCAAUUUUCUUCAACCUCGGCGCCCGUCUCGCGCGCUACACCCGCAACGAAACCUACGCCACCUGGGCCACCAAGCAAUUCGAGUGGCUCUACAACGUCAACUACAUCGACCACGAGUCGUGGAAAGUCUACGACGGCGGACACGUCGGGCACAACUGCACGGACAUCAACAAGGCGCAGUUCAGCUACAACGCGGCCAUUUUAGCUCAAGGCGCCGCCUUCAUGUACAACUACACGGACGGUGACUCGGACAACGUCUGGAAAACCCGCGUCGAGAAGCUCACCGAGGGUUUGUUGCGAGAUUUCUUCCCCAAGGGAAUCGCCUUCGAACUCCCCUGCGAGACGCGCCACGGCGCCUGCACCCCGGACAUGUUAUCCUUCAAGGGCUACGUGCACCGGUGGAUGGCGACGGUGGCGCAGGUUGCUCCCUUUAUGAAGGACACCAUUCUGCCGGUCCUCAAGACCUCGGCCGAAGCAGCCGCGAAGCAGUGCACCGGCGGAGCCACGGGCAGGGUGUGUGGGUUUUACUGGUCCGAGGGCGCGUUUGUCGAUCCGGCCGUGGACAAGACCACGGGUGCCGGAGAGGCCAUGGAUGUCCUCGCGGCUGUGAGCAGUUUGUUGAUUGAGCAGGCGGAUCCCCCCGCCACCAACCAGACGGGGGGGAUCAGUAAGGGAGAUCCGAAUGCGGGAACGGGAAGUAGGGGCUCGUCGUCGGAGGAGGAGGAGAUGAAGCCGAUUACUACGGCGGAUAAGGCCGGGGCGGCUAUUUGUACCGUGUUGUUAUUGGCGGGCGGGAUUGCCGUUUGGGGUUUUAUGAGUUUGGGGGAUUGA